AGUCUGUCCGGGACUUGGAGAGUUGGCGAGGGCUGGGGAGGGACAGCGGCGCUGGGAGGCGGCUGAGCUGCUGAGACUUUCCAGCAACUGUUGCCCAGCACUUUUCCCCCCAGGCGACGGCUGGGGGGGAGUGGGGGAAGGAAGAGGAGGAAGCGUCUCGUCCACUAGCCAAUGCUAAACUGCAGAGUUCCCCGUAGCGCGUUGCUGCCCCGAUGAGUCCUCGCGGUGUGUCCCCGACAGUCCCUGGACGGGAGUGGGGGACGGAACCCAGGGUCCGAGAGUGCUGUUGCCUUGAUUGGUGGCAGAGGAUGUGGUAAGAGGAUGGGGUUUCUUCAGAGGAGAGCUCACAAUGGCUAGAGAAGAUUCGGUCAAGUGCCUGCGCUGUCUUCUCUAUGUCCUUAAUCUGCUCUUUUGGUUGAUGUCCAUCAGCGUGUUGGCAGUUUCUGCCUGGAUGAGGGAUUAUCUGAAUAAUGUUCUGACUUUAACUGCAGAAACAAGGGUAGAGGAGGCUGUCAUCUUAACUUACUUUCCUGUAGUUCAUCCCAUCAUGAUUGCUGUUUGCUGUUUCCUUAUCAUUGUGGGGAUGUUAGGAUACUGUGGAACAGUCAAAAGAAAUUUGUUGCUUCUUGCAUGGUACUUUGGAAGUUUGCUUGUAAUUUUCUGUGUGGAGCUAGCCUGUGGUGUUUGGACCUAUGAGCAGGAAGUUAUGGUCCCAGUGCAGUGGUCAGACAUGGUCACUUUGAAAGCUAGAAUGACAAACUAUGGUUUACCUAGAUAUCGGUGGCUGACUCAUGCUUGGAACUUCUUUCAGAGAGAGUUUAAGUGCUGUGGAGUUGUGUAUUUCACAGACUGGCUAGAAAUGACAGAAAUGGACUGGCCUCCAGACUCCUGCUGUGUUAAGGAGUUUCCAGGAUGUUCAAAGCAGGCAAAUCGUGAAGACUUAAGUGACCUUUUUCAAGAGGGUUGUGGGAAAAAAAUGUACACCUUCUUGAGAGGAACCAAACAACUGCAAGUUCUAAGAUUCUUGGGUAUCUCUAUUGGAGUUACUCAGAUUCUGGCAAUGAUUCUCACUAUUACCCUGCUGUGGGCUUUGUAUUAUGACAGAAGAGAUCCUGGGACAGAUCAAAUGAUGUCCUUGAAGAAUGACACCUCACAGCACCUGUCAUGUCAUUCAGUGGAGCUGCUGAAACCAAGUCUAUCCAGGAUCUUUGAACAUACAACCAUGGCAAACAGCUUUAAUACACACUUUGAAAUGGAAGAGCUGUAGAUAAUGGAAGAAGAUGAGGCCACAAAUUUCUUGGAUUGGACUUUUUUUUAAAAAAUACAAUCCUUUGUCCAUCUGUUUAUGAAAUAUCUCCAUAAAAGAAUACCCGAAGACUUGAUUUUCUGUUUCCUUAAUCAAGGAGAAAAGGAUUUCAUAUCAUACUAGAUAUUCUAGAACUGAUUAUUCAGCUUUAAAAAGAACAAACACCUCCUUUAUAGUGUUGGGGGAACUACAUCAGCCUUUUAGAUUGUAUUGUAUAAGAUUUUUAUUGUUUGUAGAUGUAGUUAUGUUUGGGAGUUAACUAUGAUAAAAUUUUGACUUACAUUCAAGGCUAUUAUUUAGUUUAAAAAGCACUGAUUAAUUACUAAUGUAGGAAGGUAGACAGUACUAAUGAUCCUUACUCUUGGAUGGUGAAUUAUUUUGAUGAUGUUGAAAAGAUUCUACAGCAGAAUAUUCUGUGUUAGUUACUAAUUAAAUGUGACUUUCUGUAGUUUCUAAAAUGAACUUUACCACUUAAAAAAAAAAAGAACUAACCCAAUGUCUUAAAAGAUGAUCAGGGAUGUUUGUAAAUGAUUGUUUUUGUGUUAUGUCUGUAUAUUUUAGUAGAUUUCAAUCUAGUAAAUGGUAAAGCAAUUGUGAAAAGGACAAUAUUGCCUUUGCAUGGCACCUUUUAGUCUUUCCUAAGAUGAUUUUUAAAAUUCCAUCAUUUAUUUUAUAAAUAUUUUAUAAGUAUUAAAUAUCAUAGCUUUGGAGAGUCACCAGUAAGAUAAACAGGCAACAGGUUUGUUUGUUUUUUCAGAAUAUGAUCCUGUCGCCAGAAAAUUUUUAAUAAGACAGUUUCCACUUAACUGAGUUUAUACUGUAUGACUUGAGAGCUAUACCUUUCCAAACUAUGGCUUUAUAUGGAACUAGCACAUUUUCAAACUUAUUACUGCCCUCAAUCUGUAGAAUAUACCAUUCUUAUUAUUCAGUGACAUACUUGGAGUAUAAAUAAUUUCAGUAAAUUAAAUAUUAUUUGAUUAGAGUUUUUUUUUUUUUUUUUUUUGCUAUAUUACUUCAAUUAAGACACUGGGGUUACACAAAUUAUAAAAUUUCUACAAAAGUUAGAAUAUAUUUAUUUGAAAUGGGAAAAGUGCAUUUUACUGUAUUUUGUAUAGUAUGUUUAAUAGACUAUUUGAAAGAAAAUUAAACAUGUUUCAAUAAAUCUUUUGUAAAGAGUAGUCAUUUCUGUAUCUUUAUUCUUAUACAUGGUGCCAUUCUUACCAUUUUGUUGGAAUAAAUCUUAAGAAAAAUAUACAAUAGGGAGGAAAA